CACACACUCACACAGACACACACACACACACACACACACACUCACACAGACACACACACACACACACUCACACAGACACACACAGACACACACACACACACUCUGUGGAGAGAUGUCACAGUCUUGAGAAGAAGUCCUGGAUUAUUCUUUUACUCAACCAAAGCAGAAGAAAAAGGUUCCUCCCUCCUUGUCCCCCUCCCCCCAGCCGCAUCAUGCCCAUCCUCAAAAACCUCCCAGUGCGCCUGAAAGGCGGUGGUCCGACUUUAGACAACGCUUUGAUCCUGCGCAGGAUGAGCCUCAACAUCACCCCCCACCAUCACCAUCACAACCCCUUCGACAACGACGACGACAACAUCCACGGCAAUGGUGGCCAUGGCAACCACUGGUCACCCGGCAGCUCGCUCCUUGAUGGCGACGGGCCAAGGGACCGCAACCCAUUUGAGGAUGAGGAGGAUGAGAAUGAGGCUAACGAGGGGAAAAAGGGAAGUGGAGGCGGAGGCGGAGGAUCAGGGAAGGGAACGUUCAAAUUCAAGUCCCCGCUGAAGACUCUGGGAAAGCUGGGGAAGAACCUGAGAAUGUCGGGGAGGAGCAAAGGAAGCGAAACACCCUCCCCACAGGGGUCGCUGCAAGGGACGCCUUCACCUGCAGAGAAGAAGAAGAGGGGGAGGAGGAGCUCUGAAGGAAGUUUAUUGAGGUUUGCGGGGAAAUAUCGCGACACCCUCGGAUCCCGUAAGGAGUCUUUCAUCAACGGCGAGCUGAACUGUUCAGAGAGCGAAUGUGACUCCACCAGCCGUCGUCUGUCCUUCAUGAAGAUGGUGGGCCUCGGUAAGCUGAAGAGGGAGUCCAUGGCCGACCGUACAUCCCAGGGCCCGGAGGAGCAGCCGGUGCAGGAGGAGGUGGAUGCUGUCAAACCCAGAGAGCCACUGUCAGUCCUGGAAAUCCUGCAGCUGGUGAAGAAGCGGGACCUCCUCCUGGCCGACACUCACAUCCUGGAGCUGGAGCAGGAGUGUAAUGAUUCAGCCGCAGCUGAGCGGGGUGCCGUGCAACAGCCAGAGGACACCACCAGCCCGAGCGUCAAAGACGGCGGGCGGAGGAAGGCCAAGGACGUGGAGCUGCUGUACGAGGAGCUGCAGAAGGAGCUGUGGGCCGUCGUCAGGGAGUCUCUGCGUUCCCCGACGGCCGGGCCAAACCUGGGCCUGGUGGUUCAGGUGCUGCAGCAGGAGGAGCAGGCUGAUAAAGACUGGGCCCUCAGUGAAGUUGCAGUCCCUGGGGGCCCGAGGCCCCGUCAGCUGAAGCAGAGGUGGAGGGAGGCGGUGGAGGAGGCCGCAGACGGCUCUCUGCCUCAGAGAGCAGAGUUCACGGCCGGAGAGCUGGACGGAUACCUGGACCGCCUCCGAGCACGGGUGGUGGAGGACCUGGGAGCCGCCAAGAGGAACGCGGUGUCCAUUUACCCGGAAGAGUACCAGCCCUUCCAGGUGUACGUGCAGAGCUACCACCAGGCGGUUGCUAGGCGACUGCAGGCCAUCACUGACAAUCAGCUAGAGAUCACUGACAUCUACUCCCUGCUGGACUGGCUGCACAAUAUAUAUAACAGAGACGUUCUGGGGACGGUGUGUAUCACGAGUCCGUUCAGCCGCUCUCACCUCAGUCCUCUGCUGCCUUCAGAUGCUGUGGAUAGACUGGAGCUGGACUGUCUCAACUCUGUCAGGGCUAAAGUGACCACAGAGCUGAGUCAGGUCCUGGACGACGAGGAGAAAAGGUGGAUGGAGUCGUUGCACAUUGAGGAGUAUGAGAUUACCCUAGCCAAGACUGUCAUACAGAGGCUACAGGUCGAUCUGGAGCGUUCUGCCUCCAUCAACAGCAGUUUGGGCUCCAGAGUGGCUCAGUGCAGCCUCAACGGCCUGGCCGACUUCCUGUACAGUUUCCAGCGAAAGGUUGAGAUGUUUCAUGAGGGGAUGCAGAGUGGCAUGUUUGGAGACAACGAGGACGGAUAUGUGUCCAAAACCAUCGCCCUGGUCAACUGCUGCCCUCCAUUCAGAGGCUUCGUGCAGCGCUGUGCUCAGUGUGAUCUGUCUGUCAGUGAGGAUUCUCUGCGUCGAGCCAACAAAGCUCUGGACCGGAUCGUCCAGCAGGGAGUCCGGGUGCUGUCGGAGCGUCUCUACCUUCACAUCAGGCUGUUCUUUGAGCGUCUGGUGAAGAGGAAGUGGUUGAGCAACACGGAGCCGUACGAGCAGAUCGAAGCUCUCAUCAAGGACCACUUCAAGAAGUACCGCAGGAUGGAGAGUCCACCUUACCAGCUGCUGGUGGCGGAGGUCCACCGCCGGGUGGUGAUGGAGUAUCUUCGCUCAGUCAUGCGAGGCCGAAUCAUCUGCACCUCUGUAAAGAUGAGGAAGAGGAUGGCCGGCCGGCUCAGAGACGAAGGCAAACAGAUCAAAGUCCUCUUCAAAGAUCUGGAGUCUCCAUCCAGCUGGUUGGACAGCGCGCUGGCUCAUAUCUCAGAGAUCAUCCAGCUGGAGGACGUUCCCUCCAUCCAGAUGGAGGUCGGAGUUCUGGUCCGAGAGUUUCCAGACAUCAGGAAGAAGCACGUGUCGGCCAUUUUGAACAUCCGGGGGAUGACGCGACAGGCGGAACGUCAGGAGAUCCUCAACAUCGUCAAAGACAUCGAGAGCAGCGACGGCGGCGGCGGCGGAGGAGGAUUGGCCCGGCUGUCGCGGGACCGCGCCCUUUUCUCCGAGGUGCCGGUCACCUCCGAGGUGCACUGCCUGAACGUGGGCUUGAGCCGCAUCGCCCUCACCGCCUCGUCCUGCUUCACCACGCUGCGACCGCGCCGACGCAAAGCCCGAACGCCCAUCCAGGAAAACCCCGACGACGCUCUGUGAGGUCACCGGAGUUUCGACACGGCCGUGAUUGGUUCCGUCUGUCCGCCAGGCUGCUGCUUUAAAGAAUCCAUCAAACAAACGUGUUUCUUUCCAGGACACAAGAAAAAAGAUGCUUUAAACUUUGAGUCACGCUUUUAUUUUUCGCCUCUGAGUGAAGGUCUCAGUGCUGAGAGGAAACGAGGAAGAGACAUCAGGACCGGCGACGAUCAGAGGACGCGAUGGCGAGAAUGAGGACGAAACUGGAGGUUAGAAUCAGUUCUCCUCUCGUGGUGUGUAGAUGGGUUGGUUAGUUAGUUUUUCCUCUUUGCCCCAGAGAAUCAGUUCUGGAAUAAAUUCUCUUUAUUGAAACAUGACGAGUUGAUUAUCAGAAAAUUCAGUUUGAUGUAAAAAUGCACUUUUAACUUGUGAAUUUGAGAUUUCUUCAGUGGAAAGAAAAUCUAUAUGUUGUGUUGAAAGACUUCACGAUUUCACAUUUGUCACCUGUGGAGAAGACGAAAGUUGAGGGUUAAAGCACGGUCACCUCACCAAGGUGUCACAGUGAAAGAGAGGCUAACUGGCUAACUGCUGCGGAAACCGUAUUUUAUAUUUCUAUUUCUGCGCCUCACCUUCAAAAGAUGAGAUCAAAUCAGAUGGACUUGUAGUUGUUGGAAAGAUUGUUUUUUCUUCCAGUCUGUGUGCUAAGCUAGGCUAAUCGCAUCCUAAUUUUGAAUGUUUAAUGAUUAUACAAAAAGUUGUAUAAGUGUUUCUCACAAAAAUCUGAAAUGAAAAAAAAAAUGCUAGCACCAGGCUGUGCUCCAUGCUAGCUCUUUUUGCUAAUUUGCAAG